GAUUUACAGGUAGGCUACAAUCACGGACACACACUGUCAACAAGAAAAUGUGAGUUUGUGGUAAAUGUUGAUAUCAUAUGGUUGUUGUUACUUCGUGUAGCUCGGCCGCCUAGCUUAUUUCCUUUUCUGUCUCUCGGCUGUAGUGAUGAUGAUAAUAGGGACGACUCAGCAGCUGCUAGCUGCUCGUCUAGAGGAGAGCCAGGCCUGACGCUUGACCAGCCGCACCCCUCCCCCUCCGGCUCCUUACCUGCUGCGCCGCAAGGUGAAGAAGUACCGGACACUGGGAAUGAAAGCAGCAACAGGUCUCCUCCUCAUGCUACGCCUACGGGUGAAACUCAGACCACGGAUCAUGAUGUGUCCUGCAAUUAUCCUCUGGAGCGUUUUCCGACUGAUCGGGCAAACUAUUUUGAAAACAUGGACGCCAAUAUCAAAAGAUAUAUCCUUAAAAUGGGCCCAUGCAAACCCAAAGGUCCAUUUCCCAAAGACAAGGAUAACCGUUGCUUUUCAGAAAGCUAUUACACCUCCACCACUAAAGUUGGGAUGAAAUUUCCACGCAGCUGGAUGUGCUAUUCCCCAAAAUUGGACUGCUGCUACUGUGAGCCUUUGCUGGCUUUUUGCCAACCGAAAGGCACCGUUCUACAACAAUGCAUGGGUAAACGGAAUAAAAGACUGGAAACAUAUUUCUACUAAAAUUGAAAGGCAUGAAUCCACUCAAAUACACCUUGGUGCAUGCGUAGUAUAUGAGCAGUGGAAAACCAACGGCACAAUAGACGCUGACAUGGAGAGGAAUGUGCGUAAUGCCGCCCAAUUUUGGAGACAGGUCGUGGAGCGCAUUGUUAAUGUAACUCUCACUCUAGCUUCAAGCAACUUGGCAUUCAGGGGCCAUCGAGAGGUUCUAGGUCAGGGAAAAGCUGGCAACUUUUUGUCAAUAAUAUAAUUAUUGGCUCGCUACGACCCUGUUUUGAAAGAGCUAAUCAACCGACCAGCAGGGUCAGUGAAAUACCUCAGUCACCAGAUUCAAAAUAAGAUUAUUUACAUAUUAUCUCAACAUGUGAAAGCUGACAUCAUUGAUGAAAUAAACGAAGCCCCAUUUUAUUCCGUCAUCAUGGACACAACGCAAGAUGUGUCAAAGAUAGACCAGUUGAGUCAGGUUUACCGUUACAUAACUGUUGUUAAGAACGACAUGGAUAUUGCAACAGAUAUACAGAUCAAUGAAGUCUUUUGGGGUUUUGAAGUGACUGAAGGUUCAUCAGCUUCAGAGCUUGAAACAAAAUCCUUGGUUCUAUAGAGAAAAACGGAUUAGAUCUGUCUCAAUGUCGCGGACAGGGCUAUGAUGGGGCGGCUAAUAUGAGUGUGUCGAUAUAAUCAUCCAGCAACUGUCCCAAAGAUUCACCAGCUUAAAUGCAACUGUGAACAUGUUUGAGGCAAUUCACCCCAACACACUACUGCAAGCAAAGGAUGAGGAUUUACACCAAGCUGCCCAGCGGCUUAGAGAGCACUACAGUCGGGACAUCGCCGCCAGCUUCCCUGGCCAGCUGCUUUCUUUCAGAACCUGUUUCAGGGACCAAAUACAAAAACUAAAAUCUGUCGCGGAUCUGGUAAAAAUGCUCAUUGUUUACAACCCAGCAGUAACAUCUACAUUCAGUGAGGUUUGCACAGCCUUCAUCUUAUUUCUGACUCUUCCUGUCACCGUGGCAACCGCCGAGCGCUCUUUCUCCAAAUUAAAACUCAUCAAAAACUAUUUGAGGAGCACGAUGGGACAGGAGAGACUGAGUGGACUGGCCUUGCUAUCCAUCGAAAGUGACCGAGCCAAGAAAUUGGACAUACAGCGGAUUGUGGACGAGUUCGCGGAGCGCAAGGCUCGCCGAGUACCCUUCAAGUAGUGAGGAGGAUGUCUGUGUCGGGGAAGAAGGAUUUUGACGUGAAGCAGAUCCUCAGGCUCCGCUGGCGCUGGUUUAGCCAUUCAUCCCAAGGUUCGGCUGGCAGUGGAGGCGGAGGCGGUGGAGGGGUGGGUGGGUACAUCCAGCAGGAUGGCCUGGACCACAGAGGGACGCCUGUCCAGGGCCGGCUGAAAAGCCACUCACGUGAAAGAGGCAUUGGAGGACUACGAAAGAAUAACAGCCCGGUUCACAGUAUUUUGGCACCUACGCCAGGGCCCACACCUGUCUAUGUCAGAACGGGUCAACAAUCAUGGCACCAUCAGCAAAACACCAUUCAGGGUCUCCAGGUCAACGAGGAAUCCUCAAAGAGCAGCUCCUCACCGAGCACCACAAGAAAGGAGGACACCAUCACUGGCCAGGAAGAUGUAAAAAGCAGCAUAGAGGAACCUGCAGAGGUGGAGGCCAGAGAGAGGUUGGCCCUGAGCACCUUCUCCAAAAUGAACACCAACUCCUCGGAUGAGUUUUUCCAGGCCACAAAUCAUGCAGAACAGACUUUCCGUAAGAUGGAAACCUACCUCCAGCACAAGCAGCUGUGUGAUGUUCUCUUGAUAGCGGGGGAUCAUAAGAUACCCGCUCACAGACUGGUGCUGAGUGCUGUGUCGGACUACUUUGCUGCUAUGUUCACCAGCGACGUGAGAGAGGCAAAGCAGGAGGAGAUCAAGAUGGAGGGAGUCGAUCCAGAAGCCCUCAGGUCCCUGGUUCAUUUCGCCUAUACCGGUGUCCUUGAGCUGAAAGAGGAGACCAUUGAGAGUUUAUUGGCGGCAGCUUGCCUCCUCCAGCUUUCACAAGUCAUCCAGGUUUGCUGUAACUUCCUGAUGAAACAGCUUCAUCCCUCCAAUUGCCUGGGAAUACGCUCCUUUGCAGACGCCCAGGGCUGCGUGGACCUGCUCAAUGUGGCUCACAACUACACCACGGAACACUUCCUGGAGGUCAUUCAGAACCAGGAGUUUCUGCUGCUCCCCACGGCUGAGAUUGUUAAGCUGCUUUCCAGCGAUGACAUCAACGUCCCCGAUGAGGAGACCAUCUUUCAGGCUUUGAUGAUGUGGGUGCGGUAUGACGUCCAGCAGCGACAAAAAGACCUCGGUAUGCUGCUCGCCUUCAUCCGUCUGCCUCUUCUUCCUCCACAGCUCCUUGCAGAUCUGGAAAACAACAAGAUGUUCUCUGAUGAUCUGGAAUGCCAAAAGCUUCUGAUGGAGGCCAUGAAGUACCAUCUCCUGCCUGAGAGACGUCCGAUGUUUCAGAGCCCAAGAACCAAACCUAGGAAGUCCACUGUGGGCGCACUUUACGCUGUAGGAGGGAUGGAUUCUACCAAAGGCUCCACCACCAUAGAGAAGUAUGACCUGCGGACUAACACUUGGGUCCAAGUUGGAGUAAUGAACGGACGCCGGCUGCAGUUUGGUGUAGCAGUAAUAGACAACAAGCUGUACGUGGUCGGAGGGAGGGAUGGACUCAAGACGUCCAACAUGGUGGAGUGCUACAAUCCUAUCAAUAAAAUGUGGUCCACCAUGCCACCGAUGUCAACACACAGACAUGGACUUGGUAUAGCUGUGCUAGAGGGCCCCAUGUAUGCUGUGGGAGGCCACGACGGCUGGAGCUACCUCAAUACGGUGGAGCGCUGGGACCCGCAGGCCAGACAGUGGAACUACGUGGCCAGCAUGUCGACACCACGGAGCACCAUGGGAGUCACAGCACUCAAUGGAAAAUUGUUUGCAGUAGGUGGUCGAGACGGCAGCUCGUGUCUGAGGUCCAUGGAGUGCUUCGAUCCGCACACCAACAAGUGGAGUAUGUGUGCUCCCAUGGCCAAAAGGCGAGGAGGAGUGGGUGUGGCAACAUACAACAACUUCCUGUAUGCCGUAGGCGGACACGACGCCCCCGCUUCUAACCACUGUUCCAGACUCUCCGAUUGUGUUGAAAGGUAUGACCCAAAGACGGACACAUGGACCACUGUGUCGUCCCUCAGUGUCCCCCGGGACGCAGUGGGUGUUUGCCUGCUGGGGGACCGGCUCUAUGCUGUGGGGGGGUACGACGGCCAGUCAUAUCUGAACACUGUCGAGUCCUAUGAUGCACAGAACAAUGAGUGGACAGAGGAGGUCCCUCUCAACAUUGGCAGGGCAGGCGCCUGCGUGGUGGUGGUGAAAUUGCCUUGAGCGUUUUGUCUCACGACAUCAUGGGAAACAAAUGAGAAAGUGGCGAAGAAGAGUGGACAAACAAAACAGCGGAUCAAGGACACAUCCUUCGAGAGUAAUGGUUUUUUCUUUUUAACUCGGCUUUCAACAUUUUCAGAGGGAAACACAGACAGAGCCUUGCCCAUAAACCAUUGUUCCUAUCAUUAGUGGACAUGCCUUCCCACUGGGGAGGACUUAUUCAGAAACUGGAAUGCAAUGCACAUUCUCCACAUUCUCAACCGAUCAAGAAUUUUCAGACUUGGCUAAGCUGUAGCAAGUGCCAAGCCUUUGUUGUACUGUUUUGUUAGUUUUCUGAAAUGUUCUGUGUAUGUUCAUUACAUUUAAUUUAGAAGUGACAUUUUGAGAAAAUUAGCCAACUAUACAGAGACUUUUCUUAUCAGUGCCAUCACAUACAAUAUAUUUUGGGCUUUAUAUUUCACUUUAUGGCCACUCAAAUGAAAGUUGUCAUGAUACAUACAUGUAACCAAGCACCUGUGUAUUUCCUUAGUGAGUGGUCUGUACAGAUUCUUACUCUUUAGCAAAGAAGACCACUGUGAUGAGUUUGUCCAGACUGGUUUAAAGAACAGGAAUGAAAUCAAGCUUUUUGCUAAAAUAUAUAACUGAACAUUUUCUUUUUUAUUGAGACUGUAGCUGCAGAACACCAAAGUAAUUUGCUUGUCUUAGAGGUCUUGUUACACUUUAAAGAAAAGUUUACAAAAUUGUAAAUUACAGAAAAUAUAUCAUAUUGAUAUUUCACACUGCUGUACAGAUUUUUGUGAACUUUCUGAAACCACAUGUGUGUUGUUAGAAUCAUGCCUAAACCACUCUGCUGACCACCAAUGUGAUUAUUAUUGUUAUUAUUCUUUUUUAUUUCUGGGCAUGCUGGCUGAGCGAAUGUUUGACUUGAUUUAUACAAUAUUAUAUAUCAAGAUCCUUGUCUGUUCUGCAUUUUUAAGGAUAUGAUGCCUUUGCGGUCAUGUGGAUGAUCUUAUAAUUUAUAACAUACCCAUUGGAUUCAUUUAGAAGAAAAAGCAGAUUGUCUAAGUGACAGCAGUUGCAACUAAACCAGCUAUCUGAGUCUUAUGUGCAUUACUCAGAAACAAGAUUUUACUUGUAUGUCUUUGCAUAUUUAGGUCCAUAGUUUAUUGUUCUAUUCAUAAAAGUAACAACAAUAAUAACUUUAUCACAAUAAGAACACUUUGUACCUGUGUUUGGGGCCGAAUGUUAGUUUUUAUCAUAAUUUUGUACAGCAUGCAAACCUAUAAAUAAACUUUCUUCAGUCUU